AUGAUCUCGCCGCGCGUCGUCCACGAACGCCGCGCCGCGACCCCGCACGGAUGGUCCCUCCACCGCCGUGCAGACCCCGACAUGGUCGUCCCGCUCUCCUUCGCGCUCACUCAGCCAAACAUCGAACACCUCGAGGCGUACCUCCUUGACGUCGCGGACCCCAACUCGCCGAACUACGGCAAGCACUGCGUGCGCGCGUGGCUCACGGGCGCAGACGGUGUGGACGCGUCGCGCGUCCGGCUCAGCAAGGAUGGCGGGUACCUCGACACGACCGUGUCUGUCGCCGAGGCGGAGGCGCUGCUCGGCGCGGAGUACUACGUCUACGAGCACACGGACGGCACGCGGCACGUCGCGUGCGGGGACCGCUACCACCUCCCGGAGCACGUCGCGAAGCACGUCGACACCGUGUGGCCCACCAUUCACUUCGAUGUCGUCCCACUCUCGAAGCGCGGGGCGGACAAUACGGCGGGGCGGGCGCCGGCGAAAGGGUCGCUCUCGGAUUUCAAGCCCCCACAGCGUCUGGUUUCUUCGGCCACUCCCACGAACUGUGAUAGCGCGACGACGCUCGACUGUCUGCGCGCGUUGUACAACUUUAACUACGACCUCGUAGUACCUAAUGAGCACUCGAUCGGCAUCGUCGAGUUCGGUAUGGAGACACUCAACCUCGCGGACCUCCGUGUGUUCUUCGAGAACUUCGCCCCCGAUCUUGCGAACAAGACUCCUACCUUCGUGGGUAUCGAUGGAGAUGUGAACCUUCUCCUCGAGCCGAACCUCGACUUCCAGUACGCCAUGGGUCUUCUGGGCGAGGAGGCGCAAGUGCUUCAGUACCAGGUCACGAACGAAGGUGGUCCCAGCUUCCCUUACUUGCAGUUUGACCUCCUCCUUAACGCGCUCGAUGCCGACUACUGCACCUUCGAGGGGGGGAACCCGCCACAACUCGCAGAGUUCGAUAACAACCAGGACUGCGGUACGAAGCCACGGGCUGACGUCAUCUCCAUCUCAUACGACCAAGCCGAGGCCUCCUUUGGCUCGUUCUUCGCGCAGAGGCAAUGCACGGAGUAUGGCAAGCUUUCGUUGACUGGGAUCACGUUCCUCAUGAGCUCGGGCGACAACGGCGUAGCGACGUUCAGCAACUUCUGCACCGAAGACAACGGCAACUUCGAAAUCGGUGGACCCGACUUCGUGCCGCACAUCGGCAACACCUGCCCAUAUGUCACCUCGGUCGGCGCGACGCAGGUCAAGGCCGGAGCUGACCCGACGAGCUCGAACCCGGAGGUCGCGGUGAACGCAUUCAAGUCCGGCGGCGGCUUCUCGAACUUCAUCGGCCGCCCGUCGUUCCAGAACACCGCUGUCCAGAGCUACAUCAACAACUUCACGGGCAAUCUGAGCGCGACGGCGUUCAACCGCUCCGGGCGCGCGUACCCCGACGUGUCGGCCAACGGGCUGAACUACCAGGUGAUCAUCGACCAGGAAUUCUGGAACGUCUUCGGUACCUCCGCCUCGACGCCCGUAUGGGCGUCCCUCAUCUCCGCGUCAACGAUGCGCGGCUCGCCGCCGGCAAGUCGGUCGUGGGCUGGGCGAACCCCGCGGUGCGUAUCUUCCCGGUCCCUUCUUGCACUUGACGCCGAAGCCUCAUCCGUGCUGCAGCUCUACUCGUCCGCGUUCGCAGGCGUGUUCCACGACAUCACGUCGGGCGACAACUUCGCAUGCGGGCCGAACAAGAACCUCGGGUUCGUCACCGCGCCAGGCUGGGACCCCGUCAGUGGGUUGGGCACGCCCGACUUUGAGAAGCUGUUGGCGGCGUGGAUGGCGCUGCCUUGA